CCGGCGGCCGCGGGAGCCCUGCCCCGCCCGGCCGCGGCAGGACCCCGGCUCCCCGCACCGCCCCGGCAGCGCCGCCGAGCAGCGAGGGCCCGAGUGCCAAGCUGGUCUGGUCUGUGACUCCUUCUUCUGCCACCUUUCCUCCAACCAGGGAUGGAGCUCGGCACGGUGAAGUUUCGGAGGCCCUCGGCAAGGGAGCAGCCCGCCCGGGAAAGACGGCAAGGGGUUGUGGUCUGACCCGCACAGCCGGUACGGCACCUCGCACCCCGCUGCCGGCAGGGCAAUGAAGCUGAACGAGCGGAGCGUGGCCCACUACGCCACCUGCGACUCGCCCGCCGACCACGCCGGCUUCCUCCGCAAGCGGGUGGAGCGGCACCACCACCAUGCCCACCACCAUCACGCCACUUCCUACCAGCGCCGCUGGUUCGUCCUCAAGGGCAACCUCCUCUUCUACUUCGAGGAGCGGGAGAGCCGGGAGCCCGUGGGGCUGGUGGUACUGGAGGGCUGCACCGUGGAGCUGUGCGAGGCCGCCGAGGAGUUCGCCUUCGCCAUUCGCUUUGACGACGCCGGCGCCAGGGCUUACGUGCUGGUGGCCGAUGGCCAGGCUGCCAUGGAGGCCUGGGUGAAGGCGCUUUCACGGGCCAGCUUCGACUACAUGCGGCUGGUGGUGAGGGAGCUGGAGAAGCAGCUGGAGGAGGCCUGCAAGAGCUUGGCCGCUUGCCGCAAGUCUCCGCGGAGGUCCUCCUCCUCCGGCAGGAAGAGGCACCUCUCCAACCCCUCCUUGCUGCCUCUCCAGGAGAAGCCUGCCGUCCUGGAGAACGGUUACUCCACGUGGGGUAACGGUGGCGGCGUCCCGGGGGAGGCCCCCUGCCCUGACCGCGACGGGGGGCACGCAAAGCCCCCUCCUCUGCCUCCACGCCGGCGCUCUGCCGCCGGCAGCGCCGCGGGGUCCCCGGCGCCCGGCCUCUCGCCAGCCAUGCCGGAGAGCCCGGUGUCACCGGAGACGGCCUGCUUCUCCAAGCUGCACAGCUGGUACGGGCAGGAGAUCGCGGCGCUGAGACGGGAGUGGCAGGAGAGGCAGAAGAGGGGACACCCGUGACCGGGGGUGCGGUGCGCGAGCCACCGGCCAGCGGAUGCCCGGCAGCCUGUCCCACACGGGAAGAGCGAAGCCAGGGAUGCUGCCCCUCUGCCCUGGUCGGUGGCUGAGUGUGCGGUGUGUGUGUGUGUGCUUCACCGGGCCCGUGGGAGGGACCUGGGUCUUCCCCAAACCUCAUGUUUCAUUUCCAUGAGGCUUUAUACAGUUGGAGAGUGUGUAAUACCAGGGGAGCCGUCUUUGAACUCUCCUCUGCUGACGAUAUGAGGUGUGAAGGGGGCCCACACUGGCACAUACGCAACAAACCUCACCGAGCAGGCGUUGCCCUUUGCCAUCCUGGCGUGGUGGGUGCUCUGGGUGCUUCAUCGCCCACCUCUCCUUCACCACUUCUUUUUGGUUUUGUUUCUCAGCGUGGAAUUUUGCACAGGUCAGCGUUUAUUAUUGUCUGUGGUCUUGUGCUGAAGUCCUUCUGCCUUUGCUCUUUCACGGCGGAUAAGGCUGGGCUCUUAUGAAAUGCCUCCAACGGGCCACUGGCCCUGGCGGGGGCCUCCAGCCUUGUGCCUCUCUUGCCACAGGACACGUGUGAGCCACUGAGGCUGUGGCUGGCCCAGCAGCCGGGGCAACAAGGACCAGGCUCUUGUGUUGUCUUUUUUUUGUUUUGUUUUGUUUUUUUUUUUUUUACUUUCAUCUGCACUAACCCUCCUCCCUCCUAAAUCCCUCAGGAUGUGGAUUUCAUGGGCUUGCAUCCAUCUCUUUAGGCGCCUGAGCUCAGCAGCAAGGCUGAAAUGGAGACACCGAGCCUGGUCUGAAGCAACAGUGGGGACCAGGAACUCCCCAGGACUCUCUCAAGCGGUAGCCAAGCCUGUUAAUAUCUCCCGUCUCAAGCCUUUCCUGUUCCAAAACAGGGACGCUAAAGCCUUGUUGCCUGGCCGGGAUUGAAUUUCUCAGCCCCUGCGCAGACCGUAGCUCCUGCAAAGUGCCAUAUAGGGCUCAACCAUCUUGUUGGGCAUCUUGCCCGAGCCGGCGUCCAGAGCUGCGCUCUUGCAGGGCCCCUCUCACUACUGUGGCUCUGCCCAGCUCCCGGCAGAGCCCCGCAGUCAGAGGGGAGGCUGUGGGGGCGUGGGGAGGAGGAGCGGGCUGGUCCCAGGAGACGUGAAGGUGUGGGAGUGAGUUACAGGUAGCGCUGACUGCAUGUCAGCAGUGUCUGAGCUUGCCUCUCGAAGCGUCGAAGCCAUACUGCUGCUUUUUACCAAAGCCAGCAGCUGGCCUGCCAGCGCUUGCCUCCGAUUUCAUGUCAGCAUCACUCGGCUGAUCUCCGUAGCACGGCCCAUCCUCCCAGGGGGUGAGGAGGGCUGUGGGGAGGCAUGCCUGUCGCCUCACUGCAGAAACAGACUUGUCCUUCUGUAGGCCAGAAACCUUGGCGACGGGGCAGAUGGUACAAGGAGGUGUAUACCUACAUAUAUACUGCUUCAAAUACACGAGGCAGUCUUGUGCUUCCUAUCUAACAGUGCUAAACCUGUUUUUAUUGCCCUGUUUUACUAAGGAGCCUUGCUAGGAAAGCAAGAGGCCAUUCCAGGUCGUGACUGUUAGGAGCCUGUUUGCCUUUCUGGAGUUAAACGCACUCAGCUUAAUACUUUGCAAUAGCCAGUAGAGAUUGCUAAUGCAGAAAUCAUAUGACUUCCAUUAACUCUUGGUGCCUUUGAAAAUAUAUCUCUGGUAGUUUUGGAUGAUGACCUUCCAGCCUCCUGCCUAAUUAUGGCUCAGUGGUAUAUUAGAGGAAAUCAGAUGUUAAAUCCGAUCUUACGAACGUGACUUUGAGCAGUGGGAGUGUAACCUUCACAUACAAGUGAUGCAAUCCAGACCUCUCCAGUUCAUGUCUGUAUUUUUUCACAGUAAGGAUCUUCGAGUUUGGGAGGUUUAUUUUUGUUCUGCUUUUUAGGUGAAAACACUUGAGAAAAAAACAGGAGCAGGUGGCCACAGGCCAGUGCCCAGGCUUUGCCAGCAGUCCAGCAGGCUGGACUUAGGGGCCAGCUCUGCCUCCCUACCUCCUGCUUGAAGAGUUCAGUGAGAACCUGUCCCCUUCCCCAUGCUGGGGCAGCAGCAUCAGUGCGUGGCGCUACUUGGUGCCUCCUCACUCUGAGCAUGGGUGUUUUGGGGCCAGGGUCAGAUCUGGCAAGCAUUCUGCGUUUUGGGGUGGUUUUUUUUAAAAAAAAAAAGAAUUCAGAAGGAUAUUCCUGAUGUCUCAGACUUACAUAAGGAAGUUUGAUGGUAAAGAUUUAACUUCCAAAAUAAAUGAAAAUGUAAUGGCAGUUACUACAUGAGACCCAAGAAUCAAGAGUAACUUGAAAGGGAAAAUAAAUUGACAAAGCCAGUUCUGUCAGAACUGGAACUGAAACAGUAUUAUUCAUUUAAAGGGCAGUUUCACUUUUAAGAAGCUUAGUUUGUUUUAAUAAGUCAGGAUUGUGCUAGUAACACUACUAAAGAGCUUGUAUUUAAUGCUUUAAUCUGUUCCAUUCAAAUGGCACAAUUUCCACGCUACCUGCCUUUGCCUUAGCACAUACACCAACUAAAUCCUAAAUCCUGCAAAUGAGGAGCUGCGCUCUGUUUUCUGUCUGAUCGCAUUUGGAGUGAUUUUGUGUUUUAUUCUGCAGCGCUGAGAAGAAAGUGGCUAAAUCCUGAACAGUCUUGGUGCUCAGCCCAGCUGUCCAUGCGUGGGCCUUUGCUAGGUCUCCAAAGUGCUGCGUGACUUCUUCGGAUGCGCUUGGUCGGGGCUUCCUCACCAUCCUGCUUACAUAGCAGGGACGGGCCUUUUGUGAGUAAAAAGAGCCAUAAUUGGAGCCAUCCCCAAAUUUGUAUGGGAGUGCAGUUUUUUUAAUGACCACCGCUGCUCGCUUCAUUAGUCAGGAAGCACCUGGGUGCUCCACCACCUCCUCUGAGAUGGAGACUAUCAAACCAGUUUGGCUGAGGAUCAGUUGAUCUGGCAGCACCUUUGAAGCAGCCCCCCAGGCAGAAGGUCAGGAUUUCAGCUCCCUGGGAUUACACAUGCAGCUGGCUAAAGGAGCAUCCUCUCUGACUGUUUGCGGGCAGAGAUCAUUUCAGGAAAAGUAGAGACUUUUCACUGCACGUUGUCUCCAGCAGCAAAAUAAGACUGACUGCCACACGCUGGUUUUCUCUGGUCAUUCAGGUUUGGACUGUUUCACCUCCUGCCUUUGCUUUCCCUUAUUUUUUAAAAGCAGAAAAUGGCUGGGCAGCACGAAACACGUUCCCUAUCAAAGGGGGAGCUGAACACUAACGCUGAAUGGCUGCUUUUCUUGAAGUACUGAAGUCAAAUCCUUUUCUAAGAAUGUUCUUUAGCAAAAUGAUGCAAAAGCAAUGAGAGAAAAAUGCUUGAAUCUGAAUGCUUGAAUUUAGAAGAAAUAGAAGAUUGAAAGAGGGAGGGCGAUUCUGACAUAGCCUUUGUAAGCUGUGCCAGGGGCUGCCAAUUCUGCAAAAAUAGUUGAUGAAAUCCUUGUAUUUUUCAGAGGCUGGCAUUUCAGAUUCAGGCCCAUAACGUAUUGUUUUAUUUCUGCCCAUUGAUCUUUUUAUAAAACAACUGUGGUGAUGUUUUCCACUGAACCCAUGUCCUAACAAUAAGAGUAACCUCAAGAUUUUACCCAUGACCACUGCUAGCCACUUUAUGGACAUUCACGACCAAGAUCGGACGUUUUCUGUUACAGUAGCUACCACAUUAAUAGUUUAGGGGUGGGUGACCCCCAAAUCUUACCCCUCUCAACUGCCUUUGCAGAGGAACUUAAAUAACCCCCACUGAAACGCACAGGGAACAGGUGGAAUUCCCGUGACGGGGGCAUCUUUCACCGGCACCGAGCACAUUUUAACAUCUGCACAAUUACCGGCCAACACUACGAGCAACCUGUGGAAACUCUCCUGCCUUUUAAAGUGCUUGUAUUUUAGGUAGAUGACGUGUUUUUAAGAGGUGGUUUUGCAUGCGCCUUUUGUUUUUACACACGGAACUUGUAUUAUGCAUUUCAAGACGUUGUUCACGUUUGCGUUUUACGCCGUGAAGCCGAAUAAACCGUUUUGAUUUGUA